UGCACAUCAUUUAGUAACGAAUCUGAACCCAAACGCAACGAAUACAUUUUCGAAACGGAGCAAGAAGCGUUCGCGCGGGUUUUCUUGGACUAACAGUGAAUACAACCGUGCACACAGAGAUAAAUAUCAACAAUGUUUCAAAAAAGGAUUAUUGAACUGUUCACACUGCUCUUCUAUUGGAUGGUUAUUACGCCAGCCAUCUAUCAAUAUUGCAAGACACAAAAUUGGAUACGCUGGGAUCUGAACAUUCCAUUUCAAUCGUUCUCGGAUCACGCCACCUUCGCGCUCUGCCUGCUCGCUGGCUACGUGACCUUUUAUCGGAUUGUGAUCUUCAUCUAUAUGAAGCUGAAAGUCUGUGACGUGAAGAUGUGGCAUAAGCUGAAGAAGACCCAGGAGGAUCCCGAAUCGCAGCUCAAGGAUAAAUCACACUAUCAGGCCGUAUCCACAGAGAACAUCGAUAUGGUUGAUGGCCCCGUCGCAGUCAAGGAUCAAACGCCCAAGGUCAUACGCACGAUUAGUCAUCCGCUGCUUGUGGAAAGCGACUUGGCACGCAUACACAUCAAGCACGAGACGCGGCCGCUGCGCAGCGCCACGUUGCCCCAUUCGCACCUUCGGCAGCCACAGCAGCCUAUCUCCAGCCCCACGCCGAGUCUGAGGUGUGCUCCGCCCGUGCCUUCGACGCCGCCCCGCACCCCUGGGCUGGCCCGCAAGCUGAGCCACGGCAUCAUCAUGUCGCCCGACGUCCUGAUGGGCACCUCCCAGCAGAUCAGACCCAAGAUAUAAUAUGGAGGAGCUGGAGGAGCGAAAUGUAGUUCGCAUCAAGUAUUAGCAUUAGCCAAAGAACCAAAGACCAACCCAAGCUUAGAAGAAUUAUUUACGUAGAUGUGCGAAAUCCGAUUGUUUGCUUUUUCGAGUCGAGAUCGACAUCGCUUAUUGAUCAGUUAUUCCGAUCCUCACAAUUAGGCCAUGAAAAGUUCAAUCAAUUCAGUAGAAUGUUUAGCUCUUGA